GCGGGGCCGGGCGCUGGUCUGGCUGCGGCGCGGGUCCGUGGUGGCGCUGGUCUGGCUGCGGCGGUGGCGAGAUGGUCUGCGGAGGCUUCGCCUGCUCCAAGAACUGCCUCUGCGCCCUCAACCUGCUCUACACGCUGGUAAGCCUGCUGCUGAUUGGAAUUGCAGCAUGGGGUAUUGGCUUUGGCCUCAUCUCUAGUUUCAGAGUUGUUGGAGUAGCAAUUGCAGUAGGAAUUUUUCUCUUCCUAAUCGCCUUAGUUGGACUGAUUGGUGCGGUGAAACAUCAUCAAGUAUUGCUAUUCUUUUACAUGAUUAUUCUUUUGCUCAUCUUUAUUGUACAGUUUUCUGUCUCCUGUGCCUGUCUGGCACUAAACAAGGAACAGCAGAGUCAACUUCUAGAGGUUGGAUGGAAUAACACAAACAGUGCAAGAACAGAUAUUGAGAGAAAUCUGAAUUGUUGUGGAUUCAGAACCUUUGAUCCAAAUGAAACCUGCUUGUCUGAUUGCUUUAGAAGUCACCAGUGUCGACCAUGUUUACUGGUAAUAGAAGAAUAUUCUGGAAUGGUGCUGAGAUUUGUUGGAGGCAUAGGACUCUUCUUCAGUUUCACAGAGAUUUUGGGAGUCUGGCUGACCUACAGAUACAGGAACCAAAAGGAUCCCCGUGCAAAUCCUAGUGCAUUUCUUUGACAAGUUUAUAAAGGACUGAAUCUUCUCCCUGUGCCCUCCACUUCAAAAAUACUAAUUCUCCAUAGUUUGGCAUUUCUCCAUAAUAGGGAAUCUCCAUGUGCUCAAAAGAGAACUUUCUUUCUGAAGAAGUUCAUAGUUGUCAUCUUUAGUUUCCUAUUGUUCCCUUUCUAAGAAUCUCUGCCUUCAAGUUGAUUAGUGUGUACAGUAGCUAGACAGAAUCAGAAUGCUGCUCAGAGCUGGUUAGAUAACUUUGUUAUUACUUCAAUAAUUGGUGUGGUGAACUGUAUUCAGUGAGUUUUAUAGCACUACUUGCUUCUUUGGUGUCUAAAAAAACCAAAAAUAUUUUCUGCUAUAUUCAUUGAUUACAAAGAUUCAUGUGACUUCUCAUUAAGAUGAUAAAAACAUGUUGGGUGCCUGGAGCUGUGUGAUUUGGUUAGCCAUUAGGAUGAAUAACAGUAAACUUAUUUUCAUGUCUUAAUAAUGGUCUCCCAAUCUCCUAUUAGGGUAAAAAUAGAAAAAUAGAACCUGAAUAUAUUAUUUUCUGUAGUGCACAUAAGUGCAUAUUAAAGAACUAUCGUAGUCUUCUCCACUCUCCCACCCCUCUUUCCUGUUUGUUUUGUGUUUCUGGUAGCUUCAGAAUUCCUUUAAGGGACUAAAAAUACUUUUUUAUUUUUAAUGGUAUCUUCACUAAGAGAAGAAUGAAUGAAGAAGACCAAGACAAUGUAAUCUGCAGCUGAGUAACUUGAAACUUUUGUCUUUAAGUAGUGAAUGAAAUUUGGUAUCUCCACAACAUCAGAAUUAAUAGUGGUCUGUCAUCUUGUUAAUGUAAGAAACUUGACUUGAUGUCUGGAAAGUUGUUGUACAACUAUUUUUACAGAUGGUGUAAAAUUGUUGUGAUAACUUAAUGUAUAUGCCUCUGUCAUCCAGCUAAGAGACUUAAUUUGAUGAGAGAUUGAAGUGUUUAAAAACAAUUCUGGUGUUUUCAGUAGUUUGUUUAAAAAAAAAAUAAAAAAGUUUAAAUGGU